AUGCAGUAUAGUGAUUUUCAUUACGUUUGUCAUUAUAGUAUUGGCGGUGUUCAAUACAAAGAUUUUGCUUCAGGUGCGAAGACAUUAGAUUGCGAGGACAGAGCACAGUUCUUUUACAAUGUCAAUCUAUCUAUCUAUCUAUCUAUCUAUCUAUCUAUCUAUCUAUCUAUCUCAGCCUAUUCAUACCAAUGUAUCGAUCUAUCUUAUAUAAUUAAUAUAUAUCUUUAUAUCUCAUUUGUUUUUAUCUAUCUAUCUAUCUAUCUAUCUAUCUAUCUAUCUAUCUAUCUAAUCUCAUAUCUAUCUAUCUAUCUAUCUAUCUAUCUAUCUAUCUAUCUACCUACCUACCUAAGUAUAUUCAUAUCUAUCGAUCUAUAUUAUAUUUUUACUAUAUAUCUCUAUAUCAAUCUUCUUUGUUUUUAUCUAUCUAUCUAUCUAACAUCGUAUCUAUGUAUCUAUCUAUUGGAGUCUCUUAUCUAUCUAUCUAUCUAUCUGUUGGAGUCUCUUAUCUAUCUAUCUCUCUAUCUAUCUAUCUAUCUAUCUAUCUCUCACCGUAUUUUGUGUCAAGAGGCAUUUACCGUCCUUUACAUCAUGAACGGACCAGUCAAUCCAUGA